AUGACUUUCGCCGCCACCACUACCACCACAUCCUUAAAUAACGGUUGUAGUAGCAACAGCUUUAUUACUAAGCAACAGUUUUUUAUACUUGCGGAAGAAUAUUUGCUUUCACUCUCGCCUAAAAAACGAGAGAAGGCCCUUCUAACUAACUCUAUGUAUCAAAAGAUCCUCAUGGUUUUGAUUCAGCCCAAGAACACUCAAGUCUCCACAGCUCAGUUCCGUUUCUGGGCCAAGAAAAUGUUUACUCUUUCCACUACCUCAACUCAUCAUGUUGUCUGUCAUGGAGGCAAGCCCGUCGCCACCAAAGAAUGCCUCUAUGACGUUCUUAUCUAUUGCCAUCGAAAGAGUUCUCAUGGUGGAAGAGACAAGACCUCUGCUGAGGUUCGACAACAUUAUUCUUGGGUCCCAAAGGAACUCAUUGCCCGGUUUGUAAAACACUGUCCUUUGUGUCAAAGUCGACGUAGC